AUGUCGUUUUCUGCGUAUUUCACGGCUCUAGCGUGUAUCAUGGCUGCUGUAUUCUACAAACUACAUGAGUCUAAGUCAUCAAAGUUACUCUCGUUGCAACAGGAAUACGAAAACUAUGUGAAAACAUCCAAUUCUGCUCGAGAGAAGCUUACACAGCAAUUGAAACAGGAGUUGGAGACAUCGAAUCAAAGUACCUCGGAUAAGAUUGAGCAGAGUGGGAAGCGAAUUGCAGAACUUGAAUCGCAGUUGAAAGAGUACACCUCAAAGAAUGAAAUGUUGAUUGCUUCAGAAAAUAAGUUGACAGUGCAGACGUUAGACUUGGUAAAGAAAAUUGCAUUUACAGAGAAAGAAGCUGACAAGUUGAGGAGCGAUUUAAAACAGUCACAAGCCCACUGCGAGCAACUAGCUCAGGACUACAAAUUCCAGUUGAAUUUCCACAUCGAAAAGUUGUCGGUGGAGAAAGACACGCGGAUCGCCGAGUUGGAAGAAUCAAUUGCCAGUGGAAGACGCGAAGUACUCGACCAGAGAGAACUAUUCAGAACAGCUGAAAAUGGGAAAGACGAUAUCAUAAUAGAGCUUCGACAAUCGCUUGACAGUUUAAGGGAGAAAUUGAAGGAGCUGGAGAAGAGCACCUCUGACCAAAUCACAAAGAGUAAUCAACUAAGUAAAGAUUACCACCAACUGGAAAAAGAUUUGGGAGAGUUGAAAGAAGCUUACACGCUAAUGCAUGAAGACUAUGUUAGAGUGUCUAGAGAUCUCGAUGACACAAGAAAGGCGUUAGUUAGUCUCAAGGAAAGAGCAGAAAUGCUUGUCCGUUCAGAGACAAAGUUGAGUAAUGAGCUCGACAAAGAAAAAAGUAAGAACCAUGAAUUGUCAGAGGAGAUUAAUUACACAACUAAGGAGCUACAGAUAUACAAAGCUUUCUUCAAAAAAUGCGAAUUUUUUGUGGAGGAUUUGAAACUAUUUGAUCCUGGUUUUGCUGAAAUUGUUAAACAAUUAGAGAUUGGUGCAGAGAAUUUUGAAGCAGUUUCUUCCGGCGAGGAUUACCACACAGAUGAGGACUACAUUUCCGAUGCAAAACUGGGUGAGAUUGAUCAGGAUGAAUUUGUAAUUUUGACAAAGAAAGCAUCAACGAAUACAUUUUCCUUGAUUGAGAGGUAUAUUGAAGAAUUGAGAGCAAACGUUGCCAGAGAAAAAGCACUUUUGGGUAAAAAGGAAUCAGUUAACGCGGAUCUAGAGGCGUUUGUGGCGGAAUUGAAGGAAAAAUUGGGUGUCGCUGAGUCCAGAAACGUUGUGGUUUUGAACUCAAUUCUUGAAUCACGCAAGUUAGUCAAAGAGGAGCUUUCUAAGAAUCCGUUGGAUGUUACAAAAUUGAAAGAAAUUUUACUUGACGCAUAUCAAAACAUUGAAGACACUGCGAUGCCCAAGACUGAUAGUAGCAACUCAACGGCUCACAGUGAUGCUAAUGGGGAUGUGAGUGAAAAGGAGGUUGAACCAAGUAAAGUCAUUGGUGAAACCACUUUACCACCACUUGACUCUCUGUUAAAGGAAGAGAAGGGGAUUGAAAAUAACGAGAAGGAAGACGAGCAUUUACACAACCAAUCAACACAGAAUACAACGUCCAAUGAAGACGUGAAAGAGGCGGCCAGUGGUUACAAGAAAGAGGCAUCUAAGGGUAAUGCGACAGAUGCGCCCAAGAGUGGCGAGAAAGAGAGUAGUGACCAAACAACCACUAAAACCCCAAUGUCAUCCAUGGGCAACAACGCAAAACAACCACUUGCCUCAAUAUGGGCGGUCAAUGAUACUUCCAACGCCAGCAGCGAUGUUGAUUCCGAUUUUGCUCCACCGCCUGCAAUAUUCAAGACAAUAAAGGAGGGCUCUUCAACACCAACACCGUUGUCCGAUUUGGGUCCACAAGCAGAGUCCCGCAGCACUGUUGAAAAUACAAAAACACCAGAAGCAACAGGAAAGUCAGAAACAGAAGCUCUGGACAAGCUAGAUAGUAGUACUUCGAACCAAGGUGCUGAAAGCGACGACAGCAAAUCAAGAUUGAAGAAAAUCGAUGAGAAAUUACGUGCGGAUGUGAUCGCUGAGGAGAAAACUAUUGAGGAUGAGAAAUUAUUGGCAGAGAAAGAGUCCCAAGAUGACAAAGAAAUUUUGGACCAAUACGAUCUUGUGGCUGCUGAAGAGGAGGGAGACGAAGAAGCGGAGAUUGAACCAUCUGUUGACCCUCUCUCGAACGAUCCCGCUGAUGAAGAAGGUGCAGAGGAUGUAGAGGAAUCACCUUCAAAAAGCCAGACUCAGUCAAAGUUUGAGGCAUUCAAAAGUGACAUUGAGGAUGCUAAGGGAGCAAAAGAUGGCACCACUAAAGACUCCAAAGACUCUAAUAGCAGCAACAGCAGCAACAGCAGCAACAGCAAUGAAGGUAACGAGAAGAGUAUGUUGGUGGAACCUCAUUCAACCAGUGUAGGUGAACAAAAGUUCAAAGCAUUCCAAAAAGAUUUAAAAGACGCAAACGCGCAAGAUGAUGAUCAAAGUAAUGAAGAAGAUCCUUCGAAGAACGGCGACUCUCAAAAGGAAAGGGAGAGUUCUACGGAAGUUGACGUUGCGGAAGAUGGUAAUGACGAUGACGGUGACAAAGCUGGUGUUGCUACAGAGAAUGACAGGGCAAAGAAUGAUCAAUCUGUGAGUUCUGGGUUGAAGCAGGAGAGCAACAAGAAUGUUGAGACUGGCAACAAAGAACCCAAGCAAGAUGAGGUGAAGUCGGAAGCAUCCAAUGAUGUUGCUGUCAAGAAAGAUGACCAAGAGGAAGUUGACCACGCAGAUACUGGUUCUGUGAGUUCUAACAAAUCUAAACUUGAGUCGUGCAAAACAAAUGAUGACUCUGCAGAAUCCAAGGACGCCCGCGUGGCUUCGAAUGAGGAUAAACCUCCUGUUCAAGGUGCCGACGCUGAUGAAGAAUCCAAGUCAGUUGGUCUUGAAAUUGGUGACAACAUUGUCCGUGCUCGUGAACAUACUCAAGAAGUAAUUCAUGACGUUAAAGAGGACAAAGAGCAACAUCGAGACUCAGUGGACAGCGAGGAUGUAUCAAAUGUUAAUGACACUCUAAGUUUGGGCGAGAGUAAUGACGGGAAAAGUUCAGUUGGAGAUGAUGAAGUUGAUGUAAUGUCAACAACAGCUAAUGCCAAUGCUAGUGAUGAAAGUCUAAUCAAACUGUCGGGAUCCAAGUCGAAUUCUAGUUCGCCUACUAAACUGAAGCUGAAAAAGGGCAAGAAGAAAAAGUCCAAAACGGUUUUUUAA